UUCUUUUCCGCCUAGGUAUAUACUGACAUGAGCUUAUUCAGAGAGAGCAACUAGAGCUUUGCAAAGACAUUUGUUUAAUUUCUGCAGCUGAUUUAAAUGAGCCUGGACUGAAGACUUGAAGCUUGGAAAAUGAAGCUAAAGGAAAUUGAGCGAACAGCUGUUCAGGCAUGGAGUCCAGCAAACAACCACCCUGUUUAUCUAGCAACAGGAACGUCUGCCCAGCAACUGGAUGCAUCCUUCAGUACAAAUGCCACCUUGGAAAUAUUUGAGGUUGACUUCAGGGAUCCCUCUCUGGACAUGAAGCAGAAAGGAAUCCUUCCUGCCUCAAACAGGUUUCAUAAGCUGAUCUGGGGUAGCUUUGGCAAUGAGUCUCCUGAGUCCUCUGGAGUGAUCGUUGGCGGAGGGGAUAACGGCGUCCUGACCAUGUACAGCGCGCACCGCGUCGUGACUGCCAAGAGCGAGCCUGUGAUUGGGCAGACGGAGAAGCAUUCUGGCCCCGUUCGAGCCCUGGAUUUCAACCCUUUCCAGAGUAACCUCUUGGCCUCUGGAGCAAAUGAUUCUGAAAUUUUCAUCUGGGACUUGAAUAACUUCAGUGUGCCUAUGACACCAGGAACUAAAUCACAGCCUCAUGAAGACAUCAGUGUGGUGUCCUGGAAUCGGCAGGUGCAGCAUAUCCUGUCCUCCGCUCACCCAAGCGGCAAGGCCGUGGUUUGGGACCUCAGGAAGAAUGAGCCCAUCAUCAAAGUCAGUGAUCACAGCAACCGAAUGCAUUGCUCAGGCAUGGCCUGGCACCCAGAAGUUGCAACCCAGCUAGUUCUUUCCUCUGAGGAUGACCGCUUGCCAGUGAUCCAAAUAUGGGACUUGCGUUUUGCUACCUCUCCUUUGAGCCAGCUGGAAGGGCACACGAGGGGCAUUCUGUCUGUCUCUUGGUGCCACGCUGACCCUGAGCUGCUGUUGAGUAGUGCCAAAGACAACCGAAUCUUGUGCUGGAACCCAAGUAUGGGGGAGGUGGUAUAUGAGUUGCCCAUCCGGAGUCAGUGGUGCUUUGAUGUCCAGUGGUGCCCUAGGAAUCCCACAGUCUUCUCUGCUGCCACAUUUGAUGGGUGGAUCAACGUUUAUUCGGUUAUGGGUGGCAGUUUAGAGGCUCAACAGAAGACUCAGGCUGACAAGAUCUCCUCCUCCUUCAACAAUCUCGAUCCCUUUGGCACAGGACAGACCCUUCCUCCUCUGCAGGUGCCGGAGCAAGUAGCUCAGACCACCUUGAUUCCACCUUUAAAAAAGCCACCCAAGUGGAUUCGUAGGCCUGUGGGGGUUUCAUUUGCAUUUGGAGGAAAAUUGGUUACCUUUGGUCUUACCAAAGUUUCUGGACAGCAAGCGCAGCAGACUUGCCCUCGCCAGGUGUUCAUCAGUCAAGUAACUACUGAAACAGAGUUCCUGGUCCAAUCCAGAGAACUGCAGAUGGCCCUGCAGUCAGGGAACCUCCUUGAGUACUGCAAGGGCAGGAUCCAGACAGCCAAGCUGCAGUUCGAUGCAAACCUCUGGAACUUCCUGAAGGUGAAUCUGGAGCAGGAGUCCAGGACUAAACUCCUCAAGCUGCUGGGCUACAGUAAAGAAGAUCUGCAAAAGAAGAUCUCCUCCUGCUUGAAUAAUGGGAUCCCAGAUAAACAGGCCCUUCCUGAGGCAGAUGAGAGGGAUACUGUGCAGCCAGGUCAGCUUUUGAUAAAUUCCAGUGAUGAUGUAGCUGCUGUUUCCUCCUCUUCAGCCUUUUUUGACAACCUCAUCCCACAGGACUUGAGCACUUUGGAGAUUCCUGUCACAGCAGAUACUGAUGGACUCAUCAGCCAGGCCCUUUUGCUGGGGAAUUUUGAAGGUGCAGUGGAGCUAUGUCUGCGGGCAGAACGCUUUGCUGAUGCCAUCAUCUUAGCUAUUGCUGGGGGGGAGAAUCUCCUGAGAGAGACCCAGAAGCGCUACUUUGCCAAGAGGAAAACAAAAAUUUCCAUGCUUCUUUCCUCCAUUGUGCAGCAGAAGUGGCAAGAUAUUGUUCACACGUGUGAGCUACAAAGCUGGAAGGAGGCACUGGCUAUCUUGUUAACAUACUCAAAGCAUGAGGACUACACCCAGCUUUGUGACAUGCUGGGUGCCCGCUUAGAGUCGGAGGGAGAUGCAGCCCUGUGCGAUGACGCCUGCCUGUGCUACAUCUCCUCAGGCAAUGUGGAGAGGUUGGUGGAAUGCUGGGUAAAAAACCAUGAGACUUCGUCACCCCUUGCCCUGCAGGAUCUGAUAGAGAAGGUGAUGGUGCUGAGCAAGUCCAUUGAGAUGCUCCGAGGCACAGCAGGACCAGCACCAGGGCCCGUCUUGGCAGAACGAAUCACCCAGUAUGCCAGCCUGCUGGCCUCACAGGGAUGCUUGGCAGCCGCAAUGAAUUACCUGCCCAGCAGCUCCAAAGAGCUCCUGAUCCAACAGCUUCGUGACCGGCUCUUCCACGCUCAGGGAGACAAUGUGGCUGAUCAGCAGCCCCCACCUUUUCCCUACGCUCGUGUCCGUGUAGGUGGUGUUAAACAUGCAUCUCCAGCAGCCAAGAGCAGCUCCACCCCUGAAGGAGCAGCCCACAAACCAAGCCCCAGACGUCCAGAGAAGCCCACCUACUCGUCAUCAUUUACCCCUUCAGCACCUGCUCAGCCUUCUGUGCCUCCCCUCUUCACACCUCAGCCAGUGCCAGCGAUGUCUGCACCACCUCAGACCAGUACUGGUCCACAAACAAGCAUCUAUUCCAGAGGGUCCCCAUACCCGCAGUACAACUUGGGCAUGGCGCCGGUGGCAGUUCCAGGACCAGUGCUCGCACAGUCUCAGCCGUUCAGCCCUGCGGGAGCCGGACCUGCUGUUCCAACGCCCUUCCCCAGCCAGCCUCCUCUCCCAGGACAAUCCAUGGCCAUGGCACCUCCUGGUGUGCCACCACCUGGACCCACCCUCUUCUCUCCAGCCUCAGUCCCAUCAUCGCAGCUCCCUGCAGGUUGUCCUCUCCCUGUGGCAAACCAGUCUCCUCUUGGUUUCUCUUCUGCACCGUUCAACUGCCCCAUGAACAUGGGUUAUCCUCAGGGAGGCCCUGGAGCUCCAUCUGCUAAGCCUCUGGCAGCAGCCAGCAUCCCUCCACCUCCCACAGGUUUCUUCCCUUGGCUAGAUCCACACUUGGAUCGUGCAGCUCAGGAAUCUUGGACUGAUCCCUCUGUUGCAAGAGGAGGCCUUCAGAAGAAAAAGUUGCCAGAGCAGUUUACACCUCCAGCCCCCAUCACAGCUCCUGUAAUGAACCUCCCUGCGGAGCUCCAAGGGAUCCAUCCUCAGCUCUCCAGAAUGCAAGAAGUUGGCCAGUCACCCCCAGGAGCACCCAAGGAAGGCAGCCUGCAGUAUCACCAGCUGCCCACGGAGAGGGUCGAAAGGAAAGAGGUGCCCCCUGAGCACCAGAAUCUGAAGACCACAUUUGAAGAAUUGGUGCAACGCUGCUCUGCUGUUGCCACUGAUCCAAAAACUCGAAGGAAGCUGGAGGAUGCGUUGCAACGGCUGGAGUGUUUGUAUGAGAAGCUCCGCGAACAAGUGCUCUCUCCAACCAUUCUAAUGGGUUUGCAUGAGAUUGCUCGCUGCAUUGAGGCUAGGAACUACCAGCAAGGUCUCCUGGUUCAUACCCAAGUGGUGAGCAGCAGCAGUUUCAGUGAGGUGUCUGGCUUCAUGCCUGUCCUGAAAGUCCUCAUGACCAUUGCUGGCAAGCUGAAUGUCUGAAGUCUGGAGCAGCUGGUGCUGUGAUGCCCUGAGCUGGUGGACUCCCUUACCUGUCAAUGUGCUGCAGGUUGUGGACUCUCCUUCUGACUCUGGAGAAAUAAGUCUGCGCCAGUGCCUGGAACUCUGUCAGGCCAGCACACCUGCUCCCAUCUGCUC